AUGGCUGACGAUCAAUCAUCGGCCGCCAUCAAGGACGAGGAGUUCGAGCAGAAGAAGCAGGCCACCUCGUCGGUCAAGUCCUUCCUCUCCGGUGGUUUCGGUGGUGUUUGCUCCGUUCUCGUCGGGCAUCCCUUCGAUCUUACUAAGACACGUCUGCAAACGGCAGCCGACGGCAAAUACACCGGUGGUCUGGAUGUGGUAAAACAGACGAUCAAGGCGGAUGGUAUCAAGGGCAUGUACCGUGGUAUGGGACCACCUCUGAUCGGAGUCACCCCCAUCUUUGCGCUCUCCUUCUGGUCGUAUGAUAUGGGCAAGAAGCUGGUGUAUGCCAUGACCCCGAGCCGUACCGACCCCAAGCUUUCGAUUCCCGAGCUCGCCUUUGCCGGUUUCUUCAGUGCGAUCCCCACCACCAUGGUUGCCGGACCAGCAGAACGUGUCAAAGUGCUCUUGCAAUUGCAAGGUCAGAGUGGCAGCACUGGUCCCACGUACAACGGUCCCGUCGACGUCGUUCGCCAGCUGUACAAGGAAGGCGGUCUCAAGUCGAUCUUCCGCGGUACCGGUGCCACCCUCGCCCGUGACGGUCCAGGAUCGGCCGCCUACUUCUGCGCGUACGAAGCAUCCAAGCGUCUGUUGACGCCCGCAGGACAGGAUCCUCAGCAGCUCAACUUCCUGAAUGUGCUCACCGCAGGUGGUCUGGCAGGUAUGGCCAUGUGGGCGCUCGCGAUCCCUCCCGAUGUGAUCAAGUCUCGCUACCAGGGCGCUCCUCACGGCACGUACAGCGGUUUCCUCGACUGCGCACGAAAGACGGUCGCCAAGGACGGCAUGAAGGCGCUCUUCAAGGGUUUCGGCCCUGCCAUGGCUCGUGCUUUCCCGGCCAACGCAGCCACUUUCCUCGGUGUCGAGGUCUCGCUGCAGGCCAUGAACAAGAUGUUCUAA